AUGCGGUAUUUUCCUCUCAUCCCUAGACUAAAGAGGCUUUACAUGUCAUCUAAUACUGCAAGAGACAUGAGAUGGCAUUUUGACCGCAAGGACGAUAAAAUUAUCACCCACCCGGCAGAUGGAGAGGCUUGGAAAAAAUUUGAUGAUAGAUAUGAGGAAUUUGCUAAAGAUCCUCGUAGUGUUAGAUUGGGUCUAGCAAGUGAUGGUUUUAAUCCAUAUCGUCUUAUGAACACUAAUUACAGUACAUGGCCAGUGAUUCUGAUUCCUUAUAAUUUGCCUCCUUGGCUUUGUAUGAAGUCAUCAUCAUUUAUUUUGUCCUUGAUUAUUCCUGGAAAAUAUGGUCCCGGUAUCGAUAUUGAUGUUUAUUUGCAACCACUAAUGCAUGAGUUAAAAUUGUUGUGGGAAGGUGUAGAUGCCUUUGAUGUUUAUAGUGGAAAAAACUUUAAACUACGAGCAUCCUUACAUUCCACUAUAAAUGACUUUCCUGCAUAUGCUAUGUUGUCGGGUUGGAGUACAAAAGGUUAUAAAGCUUGCCCUACUUGUGCCAAUUCUACUUGUUCAUAUUAUUUUGGUGGUAAAAUUGUCUACCCCGGUUCUCGAAAAUGGUUACCGAUUGAUCAUCCUUACCGUUCUCAAGCUAAUUUAUUUGAUGGGAAAGAGGAAUAUGGCCUUGCUCCGGUUCAUGCUAGUGGGACAGAAAUUUUGAAGCAGCAAGAAGAAGUUAAUUAUGUUUAUGGGAAAUCAAAAACGGUUCCUAAAAAAAGAGGGAGAGAAGAAGUUGAGGAUGAUGAAAUUGAUAAUGAUAAUGAUAAGGUUCUUUGGAAAAAGAAAAGUAUAUUAUUUGACUUGGAAUACUGGGAACAUAAUCUUCUUAGACACAAUUUAGAUGUUAUGCACAUUGAGAAGAAUGUGUGUGAUAAUCUCUUAGGAACUCUUUUAGAAACCGACAAGAGUAGAGAUGAUAAGAAAGCUAGGGAGGCUCUGAAACAAAUAAAUAUAAAAUCUCAUCUUUGGCUUCAAACGCAUCCUAAUCGUGUUAAAGAGUAUAUGCCUCCAGCUUCAUACAACAUGGAUAAAGAAGAAAAAGAACGUUUUUUAAGAGUCUUGAAAAAGCUCAGAGUUCCUGAUGGUUAUGGAUCAAAUUUGCAAAGAUGUGUGAACAUGAAGGAGCGUAAACUUAUUAAUAUGAAAAGCCACGACAAUCAUAUCCUCAUGCAAGAAAUCCUUCCUGUUGCUUUAAGAGCAUCAAAUGCCACAAAAGUUAUUGAUUUGCUUGAGGAGUUGUCGUACUUUUUUAAGAAGAUUUGUUCAACCACCAUUGAUAAAGGAGAGUUAGAUACCAUUCAGUCAAAGCUUGUCCUGACCCUUUGUAAGAUGGAGAAAGAGUUCCUCCCAACAUUUUUCACAAUUAUGGUUCAUCUACUAAUUCAUUUAGUGGAUGAGGUUAAACUCGGUGGACCUGUUCAUUACAGGUGGAUGUAUCCUAUUGAAAGGUACUUGGCCUUUUUGAAAUCUCAUGUUAGCAAUAAAGCACAACCUGAAGGGUCUAUAGCCGAAGGGUUCCUUUUAUGGGAGACAAUUACAUUUUGCUCGAGAUAUUUAGAAAGUGUUGAGACCAUGUUCAACAAACCGAAAAGAAAUGAUGACGGGGUUCCACACAUCAAUAACUAUCUAUACAACUCAGGAUGUCGCAUCCAUAACCUAGAUGAUAACACAGUAGAAGGAAAGCUGAGAAAAGCGUUGGCCGGUGGUUUAAGCAAUCGCGGUAAAAGGAUGAAAAGCGUUAUCAUUAAUGGAUAUAAAUUUGAUACCGUGGAUCGUGAACGAUUUCGGAAGACACAAAAUUCUGGAGUGAUGGUUGAAGCCGAUGGCCAAGAGUAUUAUGGAAAACUGAAAGAAAUUUUCGAACUUGAUUACUAUGGUUCAUUUAGGGUUGUAAUGUUUCGUUGUGACUGGGUUGACAUUCGUAGGGGUUUUAAAACAUACCCAAGUGGCAGAGUUACUGUCAACUUCUCGAAGUUGAUGCACACUGGUCGAAAUUUGCAUGAUGAUCCAUUUGUUUUCUCUUCUCAAGCAAAACAAGUUUUUUUAUGUCGAGGAUGA